AUGUUUCGAAACUAUUUACUACUAACGUUACUGGUUUUUUCAUGUCGUCCUGUAUUAACGACUGAUAAUGGAUACGUUGAAUGCCCAAAUGGCUUGGAUGACGUUUGUAAAUGCUCUUAUAAUGCUGUUGGAAGUAGAAUUGAGUGUCCUGGUACUGAUCCACGUGAAAUUAUUACCCGAUUAAAAAAUAAUUAUAUUCAUGUUUUAAUAAUAGAGAAUUGUAACAUUCCGAAAAUUCUACCACCUUUACCAGCAGGAAGAAUUAGAUCUCUUGAAUUAUCACAUUGUAAUUUGGAAGAAGCCAGUAUUGGAGCUUUUACUUUACUUUCUAGUGAAUUGAAGGAGCUCCAUUUGAAUAAUAAUCAAUUUAAAAAAUUCCCAAAUCUAGGAAUUCUACCAAAAUUAAUAUCAUUGAAUUUAUCUAACAAUAGCAUAUCCCAUGUCGAGCCAAAUGUUUUUUCGGGACUUAAGGGUGUUCGAAGUCUUCGUCUUAAAAAUAAUUUGCUACAAAACCUUUCGUCGAAUGCAUUCAACGAUAUUAGGAAAUCAAUAAGUAUUCUUGAUUUACGUGGGAACAAGAUUUCCAACACAUCAUCAUUCUUCAAAAAAAAUAUGACUUCACUUGAUGGUUGUAAAAAUUUGAUUGAACUUCGAUUAGUUUAUAAUAUGAUUCAAAGUUUUACAUCAGAAGCUUUUGGGAGUGAUACACAGUUAAAAAAACUUUACUUAGGAGGAAAUCAUCUAAAUUCUACUCAUAUAUCAAAUUGUAAAGGAUUUAAUCAACUUGAGUUUCUAGAUAUAAGUCAUAACAAAAUUGAGAAAAUCCCUGAAUUUUAUGGUUUUCCUAAUGUGUCAAUUGUGAAGUUAGAAAAAAAUAUGAUUGCCGAGAUUAAGAAAGCUAGUUUUAAAGGAUGUUCAAAUGUAAACGCAUUGUUUUUGGAUGGUAAUGUUAUAAAUAAAAUUGAGGACGAUUCAUUUAUUGGACUCAAUAACUUAACGGUACUUGGAUUAGGGGAUAAUUUGAUUACUAAAUUUACAAAAAGAUCUCUUAAUGGUGUAAAGAGACUUAAAAAGUUAAAUCUUAGAAAAAAUUCACUAACAGAAAUAGGUGAAGAAACAUUUAGAGAUACUUUGGAGUUAUCCGCUAUCGACUUGUCAAGUAAUGAUAUAAAUAAAAUACCUAGAAAAUUGUUCCACAGACUCCCGAAAUUGGAUUAUAUAGAUUUAUCAAAGAAUCGUAUAACUGUAAUCGAAGCUAUGUCUUUUGACAAUAAAGUUUCGAAUAUUCUUUUAACUGAAAAUCCAUUACACUGUGAUCAAAAUAUGGAAUGGUUCAUGAAUUUUAUAUCAACUUUAUCUAUUCGUACAGCUCCAGUCAAAUCUCAAGAAGCUAAAUGUGUCUUUCCGGAAAAAUUUGUUGGUAAGGGAUUAAAAGAAGUUGUUAUUAUGAAAGCGAAUGAUACAAUUACAAGAUCUCUGGCUCCAUUUAAUUCACCACCAGCAAUUGCUGGUGCUAAUGUUCUAGGAAGUCUUUUUCCACCUGGUUCUGCUGGUUUACCAAUGAUGAGUCACAGUGUUCAAAGUAUGCCAGUUGUUGGAGCAUUAUCUAGAAUUAUUCCUGGUAUUAAAGAAACUACUGCCAAAGAAGAUAUAUGGAGAAAUUUAUUGGGACGUGGUAAUAAAAAUACUGAUCAAUUAAAUUCAGCAAUUGAAGAGUUUGUUAAUCCAAUAACACGUAUGGCUGGUGGUGAUGCAUUACCAUCAGAUAUUGAAAGUUUAGUACAGGCAGUUCCAAAAAUGGUUGUACAUGCAACUGAAGAGAAUGCAUCUUCAGGAGGUAAACAUUUUAAUAUAUCAUCAUUACCUCCAAAUGUCCUUGAACAUUUACUUAAUGGUGGUUCUAUACCAGGUGUAGAAAGAGAUGUAAUGGAUGAUUUAAUUAGAAAAAAUUUUAAUAGAAUUAUAGUUGCUAUAGAAAAAUUGAGAAAUGGUACGGGUACUGAAGAAGAUGUAGCAAGAAUUAUUCCACCUUUUGAAAAAUUACCACCAUCAGUGGUAAGAAAAUUUAUAGCUGGUGAUGAUGUAAAGUUUGUUGAUGAAUAUGGAAUGGAUUUAAUAAGGAAUUAUUAUCUUGAGCGUCUUCCAAUUGAUUUUGACGAUCUAUAUGGUGAUGAAGAUGAAGAAAAGAAGGAGAAUUACUUAUUUAAAACACCGUUUGCUAGAAAGAUCUUUAAGUUAUUACCAAAAGGAUAUAAUAUUAGUAAGAUUCCUAAGAAUGUACUUGAGACAAUUGUUUCUGGAGGUGUUCCAGAUUUUAGAGAUUUACCAUUAGAUCUCCAGGAACACUUUAAAGAACAUAGUUCUGAUUUAGUAAGAAUUUUUGAAUCGGAAAACAAAUCAAUUGAUUUAUUAAUGAGUAAAUUACCUAAUUUUGAUAAAUCUCAUUUGGAUCGAGUAGAAACAUAUGAUAUUUCUAAAUUAUCAGCAAACGUAGUGGAUCAAAAAGAAUAUACUUCAUGGAAAGAGACUGUUUUUUACACAACAUUAAUAUUAUUAGGAAUUAUAUCAUUUUUAGCAAUAUGUUACAUAACAUAUUUGGCAAUAAGAAUAUACCGUGGUCAGUAUCCCCCUAGAAAGAAGGAAGGUACAAAAGCAAAAAAUAAUCAAUCAGCAUUACCUCGUGUUGUUUUUACACCAAAUCACCAUUCAACACCACGUGGUGUUUUCUCUUCGGCUCGUCAACGUUUCUCUGCUGAAAGAUUUGAAAGACAAUAA